UACCUAUAGGUCUAUACGCAAACAAUAAAAAUAAUAAAAGUAGAUAUGACAUGUUUUGAAUUUUUUUUUUUUUUUUAAAUAUAUAGAUUUUUUAUUUAUUUAUAAAGCACAGGUUUAAAUCUUCGGGAAGGACGGCACGGGCGUGCUCAGGUGUUUCCUACCUGCUCCUUCAGCCCUUGACAAUAAUCCGAGAGGGAAAAGUCGAUUUACCUGUAGCCCGGGUUCUGGCAUCUCUCACUCGCGCGCUGUCUUCUGUUACCUGCACCGACUUGAAAGUCCAGUUUCACAAGGAAGAAUUAACGCGGAGGAAGAGGAAUAUGUCACAGGAGACAGACAGUAAGAGGCUGGUUGUAGUGGUGCCCAAUGAGCCGUCCUUCCACCCGCGCCGGGCCUACACCAGUGAGGACGAGGCCUGGAGGUCUUACCUGGAGAAUCCUCUUACUGCGGCUACAAAGGCCAUGAUGAGCAUCAAUGGAGACGAAGACAGUGCUGCCGCCCUGGGGCUCCUUUAUGAGUACUACAAGGUGCCCAAAGAUAAGAGAGUUUUGCCCAUCAGUAAAGUGGUUGAAAUGUCAGAGGAACCAGAAAAGAGAAACACUCCAGUGGGAAACAGCAGUCAGAUGGAGCCGGAGACCGUGGAUAAUCACGUCCAGGUCCUGAAAUCAGUGCCUGUUAAUCUGUCGCUCAACACGGAUCACCAGGACAGCAAACGGGAGCAGUACAGCGUGUCUGCGGGAGAGAGCGGGAACGCUGCGGUGGUGAAGGCUGAGGUGUACACUCCUGUUUUCAUGGCUUCGGGGGUUCACUACAGGACAGAAGGAGAGGAACCGAUGAGUGUCAUCUGUGAGCAGACCCACUCGUUCGACACCUCGGCCGUGUGUCACAGUGGAUACGGGAAGGAUGACCAUCGGAGUAGCCCAGAUAGCACCUAUGAGGAAGACAGCAAUGAAAAGUACCGACCAUCAUCGCUCGGAGCUGAUGACUUCAUAUUUGACCAGUCGGAGAUGUUAGACACCUUCCAGUACACACUCGAGGCCAGCAGGUCGUUGCGGCAGAAGCAGAGUGAAGGGCCUAUGACCUACCUGAACAAAGGCCAGUUCUAUGCUAUUACACUGAACGAGACAAGUGCCAAUAAACGCCUCCGACAUCCCAUCAGCAAAGUGAGGAGUGUCAUCAUGGUUGUAUUCAGUGAAGAUAAGAACCCUGAUGAGCAGCUCAAGUACUGGAAGUAUUGGCACUCUCGCCAGCACACGGCAAAGCAGAGGGUUCUGGACAUCGCUGACUACAAAGAGAGCUAUAACACAAUUGGGAAUAUUGAAGAAAUCGCUUACAAUGCCGUGUCCUUCACCUGGGACGUGAAUGAGGAGGCCAAGAUCUUCAUCACGGUGAACUGUCUGAGCACAGAUUUCUCCUCUCAGAAGGGGGUGAAGGGUCUUCCUCUGAUGAUACAGAUCGACACCUUCAGCUACAACAACCGCAGCAACAAACCCCUGCACAGAGCCUACUGUCAGAUCAAGGUCUUCUGUGAUAAGGGAGCGGAGAGGAAGAUCAGAGAUGAGGAGAGGAAACAGAACCGCAAGAAGACAAAAGGAAAGGAUGGAGGCGUCGGGGCGGUCUCUGUCCCGAAAAAAUGUGACGCCACCCUCUUUAAAAGGAUGACUGAUCUGGAUGCCCAGCCGGUUCUCUUCAUCCCGGAUGUGCACUUUGGGAACUUACAGAGGGCAGGCCAGGUGUUUGCAUUUAAUACAGAGGAGAUGGAACGCGAAGGGAGUGUGCUGGUGAAGAGGAUGUUCCGGUCGUCUGAGGAGGACUUCUGUCCACCGCCCCAUAAACAGCUCCGAGAGGAGACACAGAAGAGAGUGCUCCUGUAUGUGAGGAAGGAGUCGGACGAGGUGUUUGACGCUCUGAUGCUGCGGUCGCCCACUCUCACAGGACUCAUGGAUGCAAUUUCAGAGAAGUACGGUGUUCCUAUUGACAGAAUGGCCAAGAUUUACAAGAAGAGCAAGAAAGGGAUCCUGGUGAACAUGGACGACAAUAUCAUCGAGCACUACUCUAACGAGGACACGUUUAUCCUGAGUAUCGAGAGCUACGCAGAUGCUUACAAAAUCACAUUAACGGAAAUAUGAACGCCAGCACAUGCCUUUCUACAUUCAGUAUGUUUAAGCUAAAAGACUUCAGCCUGGUCAGAUUCAACAUCAGCUGUCCAGAAAUUGAAUUGACAUCAGCUAAAGCUGACAUACCUCAUUUUUAAGAGACCUUAAGUAUGAUUUUUAACGGUCAAUAGAGUUUCAGUGCAUCCCAAACAUGUUCACAUGUGGAUGGAAAGACUUUUGCUAUCAUCAGCUUCACUUUUAAGGACCAAAGUACAGACUAUUUCACAUUUCACUUGAUUUUGGAGACCACCGUCGGAUUCCUGCCUGAAAUUUCAACUGUUUCUUCCAAAGGAUUUCACUGGAGCGGAGUGAGAUGAAUUACAUGAUCUCUUCAUCACAUCAAAAUGCUGUGAAUACAGUAUGUAUAUUCAUCAAAAGCAAGCAUAUUUUGGAAUUAUAAUGCUAAGAUAUAUUUGCUUGCAUCAAAAAUAUGAAUUUUGGACUUUUCUCUAGAGUUUAGGACUCUGCAGAGCGACUUAUCUGUGAAAAGUGUCCAAUACUGUCAAUGUUAUUUGUGUGUGUGUGUGUGUAUUAUGUUGCCAUUAAUAUUAUUGUUAAUGUUAGCUUGGUAGAUAUGAUUCAGCUUCUUACUGACUUUUUUCCUGAUGCGAAAAGAAAGCUAUUUUUAUGAGACUGUGCCAUUUCAAGUUUUUUUGUAUGCUUAAUAGAGCAAAGCAGGAAAUAUGUAUAAAUACUGUAAUGUUUAACUGUACAGUACCGAGUUUGAUAAAAGUUCCAUUGGAUUCAAAUGCAAAAGAUUGCAUGACCUUUUGGAGAUCUAAACAUGUAUCUUCACAUCAAAACAUGAGCGUCUCUCACAGUUUUUGUCAUUAUUUUUGAAAUAACUAUGCAGUCUUAAAGCCUGGUUGAUUUCUAGUGUUUGUGUAUAACAUUAACUGUGUAGUGCAGAUUCAGUUUAUCAGCACCAUUGAAAAUCAUUGUCUUCCAAACCAAAUAAUGUAAAAGGGCACUUCAGAAAUAAUCAUUUGUAUGUAAAUAAAUGCAUUUUUAUCAAGA